AUGAAGCACUUCAACAUCCCGGCGAACAGUGGAUCCAAGAAGAGCAUCACCCCAAAGGAUAAGUGGAUAUAUCUGGAGCGUGCCCGCGCCCGAGGACCGCCACCUCCGCUCGCAACUCCUCUCUCCGUCCUUGCGUCGUCGUCCUCGCACAGGACCUGGCUGGAUCUCGCGUCGACGUCCUUCGACGCGCCUGUCGCCACCACCACAGCGCUCGCCCCCGAAAACAGUGCCCCGACCCCAUCGCCUCGUCGCCUCGCGGACGCUGCCCGGAGCCCGCACCGCCGCCUGGACCUCGCCGGCCCCCGCCCUCAUCCUCGCGCUCCCGUCCCCUCUCCCUCAGCGGCGCCCCUCGCCGCGCCUGCCGCGUCGCCCCCGACGGCCCGUCGCCGCCCGGAGCUCGACGCGCCUCCGCCUUCGACGGACUGCCUCCUCUUCGUCACCGUCGCCCCCGACGUCGCUGCCUCGUCCCACCACCACCUCACGGACGCCACAUCGUCGCCGGACCGUUCCCCGUCUCCGCCGCUCAUCCCCAUCCUCCUCCCCAACGAGCGCCAUCGACCCACGCCGCCCGAUCCCCACCAACGUAGGGACCUGGCUGGAUCUCGCGCCGACGUCCUUCGACGCCUGUCGCCACCACCACGGCGCUCGCCCCCGAAAACAGUGCCCCGACCCCAUCGCCUCGUCGCCUCGCGGACGCUGCCCGGAGCCCGCGCCGCCGCCUGGACCUCGCCGGCCCCCGCCCUCAUCCUCGCGCUCCCGUCCCCUCUCCCUCAGCGGCGCCCCUCGCCGCGCCUGCCGCGUCGCCCCCGACGGCCCGUCGCCGUCCCUCGCCGCCCGGAGCUCGACGCGCCUCCGCCUUCGACGGACUGCCUCCUCUUCGUCACCGUCGCCCCCGACGUCGUUGCCUCGUCCCGCCACCACCUCGCGGACGCCACAUCGUCGCCGGACCGCUCCCCGUCUCCGCCGCUCAUCCCCAUCCUCCUCCCCAACGAGCGCUAUCGACCCUCGCCGCCCGAUCCCCUGCAACGUAGGGUGAGGAACCCCCCUCCGUCUCUCCUCUAUCGCACGCCGACAACCGCGCCUCCCUGCUCCGCCGUGGCCGCCCCGGGGCUCCGCCCCUCGCGUUCGCCGUGCGCUCCGCCUGCGCCCCGUGUUCGCCCUGCUCGCCGCUGGCAGCGCCCAUCCGCCGUUUGCCCCGCGCCAGCGACCGUUCUCGCCGGCCCCUGCCAACCGGCCAACGCCGGCCGCCCCUGA